AUGCUCACUCGUCUUCAAGCAGCUGCAAUGGCAUCUUCUAAACCUUUGUCUUUGAAGACUAUUCCUACCCUGUCCGAUUUGUAUCGCUCGGAAAUCCUCGCGCCAUCUGAUGAAGAAGAUUUGCCAUCUCCGAACCAACAAUACAACGACAAAAUCAGUCUGAUCCAGCAUGACAUCACCAAAUUGGAAGUCGAUGCCAUUGUCAAUGCUGCAAAUACCAGACUCCUUGGAGGAGGUGGUGUCGACGGUGCAAUCCACCGUGCAGCUGGACGGCGUCUCCUGGCAGAAUGCGAAACCCUUGGUGGGUGUGAAACUGGCUCCGCAAAAAUCACUGACGCCUACAACCUGCCAUGCAAGAAGAUCAUGCACGCUGUUGGCCCCGUCUACAGAAACCCCGCCAAGUCGGAACCUCUCCUUCGUUCCUGCUAUCGUACGUCCUUUCGUCUCGCAGUCGAGAAUGACUGCAAGUCGAUAGCCUUCCCCGCCAUCUCCUGUGGAGUCUAUGGUUACCCCAGCAAACAUGCUGCCCGUACAGCUAUUCGAGAGACCCUCGCAUUCCUCAAGACACCGGAAGCAUCGACUAUAGAGAGAGUCAUCUUUUGCAACUUCACAGAGCAUGACAUGAAGGCAUAUACCGAGUUCCUGCCCCGGAUUUUCCCCCCAACUGCGGAAGACUUGUCCCAAACAAGUGAGUCAGACCUGUCUGAACUAACAGAUUCAGAUGAUGACGAAGGACAGCCCAGUCCCCAGAAAAUCAGUGAACCCCGACCGCGAGAUGUGACCCCCGAUGAUGUCGACAAAAACAGUGGAUCAAGAUCGUGCAGCCCGAGCAGCUCGAAACGAUCGUUUGAAGAUGAGGAGGACGAAGAAAACAUAGCGACCAAGAAGAGACGAGUCGAAAAUGCCGCACCCAACAAUGAUGAUGAACGUGAACAACACGAAUUCCAGCAAGAACAAAUCGAGUCCGAUCCAGAAAAUGUCGCUGAUGCAACAGAGCCAACCACCACCUCGAAAGCCUAUCAGACCGAUCCUAUCGACAACGAAUGCCCCCACGAACGAUUCUUCAUGGCCGAUGCCAAAUCCUCUCAUGGUCUCUGGCCACAUGGUGCACUGAUCUGCGAGUGCGGCAAGAGGUAUCUGCAGAGAUGUUGCACUGACCUGCCUGCUGUUGGUCAUGGUGAUUACCAUCGGUCUCAUUGA